AUCUCCAGUCUAUGUCGUCAAAAUUUCGAGAACCACUCGAGAUAAAAUCAAGGCCCACUUCCAGCUUCUAUAUAAAUAAGUGCCAAAAACAAUAUUAAACAACAAACAUGAAGCUGAUCAUCUGUGUUGUCCUUGGUGUGGCUCUGGCCCAAGCCACGCAACUUAAACCAGCCCACGUCAAACCACUCUUCCCGCCACGAAGACCCUCCAACUUCAAACCUGGUGUUCGAAUCACCGGAGGAGAUGAAGUAGUUCCCCAUUCAUUGCCCUACCAAGUCGGCCUCCUUAUCCCCACAGAGGAAGGUACAGCUUUCUGUGGCGGUUCCCUCCUUUCCCCAACCACGGUCCUCACAGCGGCCCAUUGUGGAGAAUUGGCCACCACCAUUGAAAUCGUGCUAGGAGCCCACAAAAUCCGGGAAGAAGAACCGGAACAAAUCCGAGUUAACAGCAGCGAAGUUAUAGUUCACCCGGACUGGAAUCGCUUGCUUCUCCAAAACGAUCUUGCCAUUCUUCGAAUUGCCGAUGGAGUCGAGCUUAAUGAAAACAUAAACACGGUGCCACUACCGUCACGUGCCGAUGCCGAAAAGGACUAUUUGGAUGAUCUCGCCACUGCCAGUGGUUGGGGCAAAGACUCCGAUGCUGCAGAAACCAUCAGUGAUGUUCUCCGAUCUGUGCAGAUUCCAGUAGGGGAGAAUGGUGUUUGCAAUUUGUACUAUUUUGGAGUGAUUCAAGACACGCAUCUGUGUGCCCAUGGAGAUGAUGGUAAAUCCACCUGCAGUGGGGACUCCGGUGGCCCAUUGGUGGCCUCCACCGGUGAAUUGAUUGGUGUCACCUCCUUUGGCAUUUCCUUCGGCUGCGAAAUUGGAUGGCCCUCUGUGUACACUAGAGUCACCAAAUAUUUGGACUGGAUUGCGGAAAACUCUGAUGUUGUGAUUAAUUAAGUUUGUUGGAAAAAAAUAAUAAAAUGAUUCCACAAAA